AUGGCCCAAGUUGUGGCAGAACACCCAAAUCCUAUUAGAGGUCUGAUGGGACAAGUUGGAUGGGUUAAACCUACUGCAGGGAGUGUGAAAGUCAACUGGGAUGCAGCUCUUGAUCAAAAAAAAGGAAAAGCUGGUUUUGGGAUUGUUAUAAGGGAUGAAAAGGGAGAGGUUCUCACUGCAUGCUGUGAUCAGAGACCUCAUGUUCAAAAUCCAGCAAUAGCUGAAUGUUUAGCUCUUUGGAAAGCCUUGGAAUUGUGUAGAGACCUUGGUUUCUGCCGAGUCUGGUUUGAAGGUGAUGCUCAGACAAUAGUCAAAGCUGUUAAUGAGGAGAUGCCAGAUUUCCCAUGUUAUGGAAGCAUUGUGUUAGAUGUGAAGAAGCUGUUAGAGCAACAGGUGGGGUGGAAGAUUCAGUACAUACACAGAAGUUCUAAUGGAGCUGCACAUAGUUUAGCUAAGGAGGCUCUAAAGUUAGACACUGAGGUUAUAUGGAUGGAAGAAACACCAGCUUGUAUAGCCGAAUGCAUAGAGAUUGAAAAAAGAUGUAACUCUGAAACGAUUACUUGA